GUCGCCGUCCUGAUGGAAACCAUUAAGAAAGGAGUUCACGAUGCUGACUCUGAGGCCAAAUCAGUCGCUAGAAAAUGUUACUGGGGUUUCCACGCCCACUUCAGUAAGGAGGCGGAGCAUCUGUUUCAGGCGCUGGAACUGACCAAUCAGAAGGCGCUGCAGUCUCACCUGAAGAGCUCCGACAGCAUCACGUCUCUGCCGCAGUCCGACCGCUCGUCCUCCAGCUCGCAGGAGAGCCUCACUCGGCCGCUGUCUGCUAAAACACCUGUCGGGAGCAACUUGAGCAAAA